AUGUCGGAGCUUCAUGAUGAUCUCCGGCUUUCGUGGUACAUGCCAAAGUGCCGGACAUGCGAGUUGAAGGGUCAGAUGUGUGCAUUGGAGACUCAUUCUGAUGCUAAAGACAACAUUAUAUGCUCGAAUAUUCCUAAUCAAGAUAUGGUUGGAAAAUUGCCACUUACCACUUUCAUAGCAGUGAUAUUGGUGAUAUGCUCACCAACAAUCAUAUGCGUAGUGGGCUCACUCAUUAUCUGGAUCCGAUCUUGUUAUAGAAACAGAAGAUCCAAUCAUAGAUUGCAAAACGAAUCAGUGGCCACUCAUGGGCCUGAUCUUGUGGACGAAUUGGGCCUUGCAGAACUUAACAUAGAGUUUGCAAGGCAAGUAGUUCGAUUGGGCCUAAAUGAGGAAGCCAGCCCAGAAUAUCGGCCCACAAUACUUAUAAGUGAGUUACAAGAAGUGGGCCAAAACCCAAACAGUGAGAACGAGACUGCAUGUGCAAUAUGCAUGGUAGAUUAUCGUAGGAAGGACAGAAUUGGAACUUUACCUGCAUGUGGACAUUAUUUUCAUGCAAAUUGUAUUAAUAAAUGGCUUGUUUCUCGAGGUAGGUUUGGGAAAACUUGUCCAAUUUGUAGGACUCCUGUUGAUUCACCAUGA